AUACUCUUUCUCCUAGAAUUCUACAUUUGCACCUGAACCAACAUAUUGGUUUUAGUUAAAACCUUCAAUUUGUCUUUCUUUUCAACCAUCAAUCUCUGUGGACCAGAAUUCUUUGGCAUUCUAAUCCAAAACCCAACUACACCUCUAUCUCUUGCUCUGCUUCCUCUGUUUCAAAUUAUUAUUUUUUACUGAGCAACAGCCAUUGUAGUGAUGUCUUCAGUGGUUUGCCAAGGUCUGCAAUCAUGUCUUGAGCCCUGGCCCAAAUUGACUGCAACUAGUCCUUAUUUUGCCCGAUCACCCUGUUUUACUUGGAGAGCUAGUGUCUCAGAUUCUGACUCUGAGAAAGACCUGAAAGAGAAGAACAACAACAGAAAUGAUGAUCAGCAAAACAAAAACAACAAGAACCAGUUGAGCUCCAGCAGUGGUGAUAUGGGUGGGUGGAGCUUCAUCCAAGCUCUUACCAAUACUACUUAUGAGGGACCCAAAACAGCAGCAGCAGAAGAGAAGGAUAAGCUCUACAUCCAAUCUCUUGUGAAAAAGUGUUCAUUAAAGCUUAGCGAAAGGAGCUUAGAGAUGUGUACAGAGAAUUUGGGAUCGGAAACGGGUUCUGUAAUAAGUGAAGACAUCAUCAUUCAACCAUUGGAUUGUGACAGAGAGAAGUCACCAACAAGAAGAAGAGAGCUACCCAAUUCAUCAUCAUCAUCAUCAUCACUGAGACAGAUUACAGGGGUGAGUUCUCGGGAAUUUCCACCACCCUUGACGACUAUAAGCUGGUCUAGUCAGGUUCAGGUGAAGACCCACAGAGAAGGAGGACGAUUAUUGAUGAAAGCAGUAAGAGUCCCCUGUUCUCAAUCAUAUUUUCAAGCUGAAAGGAGUGAUGGCCGUCUCAGGCUUCACUUAUCAACCAAUUACUCUGAUGGGUUUGACCCAGAAUUUGAUUCCCAAGACACAGAAGCAGUAGAUGAAGAUCAAGAAGAAGAAGAAGAAGCAGAAACUGAAGGAGAAGAAGAAGAAGAAAUACAAUUAGAAGAUGACAGAGGAGAAGGAAGGGAAGUGGAGGAGGAGGAGGAAGAGUACUGGGGUGAUCAAGUGGAAAUGGGAAUGUUGGAGGGGAUCAAUAAUAAAAAUGGGAAUGUUUUAGGUGAUCAAGUGGAAAUGGGAAACUAUGAAAGUGGGAGAAGGAGGAGAAGUAGGUGCAAGGAAGGUGAUGGGCAUAGGAACAAACUGCUGCUGAUUCAGGAGCCUUGUUGUUGGGUGGCUACCUCUUAA